AUGGAAAUUAAAAAUGUGCUCAUUGGUGCCAUCGACCAGAGUACUUCAUCUACUCGAUUCAUCAUUUAUCAACUGAAUUCUCAAGCAAUUAUCGCAAGUCAUCAGAUUGAAAUUCGGCAAAUUUUUCCACAUCCAGGAUGGGUUGAGAUUAAUCCUGAAGAAAUAAUCACAACAACAAUAAAAUGCAUUGAUGAAUGCUGUAACAUUAUCAAAAAAACCGGUUUUGAUAUUAGUGGUAUCAAAGCAAUUGGGAUUUGCAAUCAAAGAGAAACAACAAUUUUAUGGGACUGUAAAACAAGCAAACCUCUUUAUAAUGCUAUUUGUUGGCUUGAUAAUCGAACAACUGAUCUUGUCAAUUUGUUUAUUGAAAAAACAAGUAACAAAUCAAGAGAGCAAUUUAGAGAAAUGACGGGUCUUCCAAUAUGCUCAUACUUUAGCGCCCUGAAAAUUCGUUGGCUUCUGGAUAAUGUUGAUGAUGUGAAAAAUGCUUUGAGACAAGGAACAUUGAUGUUUGGUACCGUAGACUCUUGGUUAAUUUAUAAGUUAACCGGAAAACAUAUCACCGAUGUAACAAAUGCUAGUCGCACUUUGUUAAUUUCGAUGGAAACGUUAAAUUGGUCUGAAGAGCUUUGCAAUUUCUUCGAAAUUCCAAUGAGCAUUUUGCCGAAAAUUCAUUCUUCUGCCGAAAUAUAUGCUACAAUAUGCUUAGGUUCCCUCACAGGAAUAGCAAUAUCAGGUUGUUUGGGUGAUCAACAAGCUGCUCUGUUCGGUGAGUACUGCUUUGAACCAGGUGAAACAAAAUGUACCUAUGGUACAGGCACAUUUAUGCUUACUAAUAUUGGCAACAAUAUGAUCAUCAACAAAAAUGGACUGAUAACAACAGUGGCUUAUCAACUUGGUUCGGAAGGAAAAGUCUGUUAUGCAUUGGAAGGUUCCGGUUCCAUUGGUGGAAAUGCAAUUCGAUUCCUUUGCGAUAAUUUACAACUUAUCAACGAUGUUUCCGAAGUGGAAUCAGCAGCAAUUUCAGUAUCAGGAACAGAUGGCGUCAUAUUUGUACCCUGUUUUACCGGUCUUUACACUCCACAUUGGGACUCAACGGCACGUGGCAUUAUAUGCGGACUUGUACAGACUACCAAAAAGGAACAUAUUAUUCGAGCUGUUCUUGAAGCUAUUUGUUUUCAGACGGAAGAAAUGAUUGAAGCUACAUGCACUGAUAUGCCGUAUAAUCAGAAAAUUAAAGCUCUCAAAGUUGAUGGUGGUAUAACGGUAAAUUCAUUAUUCUUGCAAUUACUAAGUGAUAUUCUUGGAAUAGAUGUGAUCAAAUCACCCAAUGCUGAAGCUUCUUCUUGGGGUGCUGCAAUGGUAGCAGCUAUUGGUGCUCAAAUUAUCAGUUUCAACGAAAUUAGAAAAUAUCACGCAGAAGAUGGAAUUAUCCAAAAACCAAACUUAAGUAACAAUCAACGUGAACUGAUGAUUCGUCAAUGGAAAAAAGGAAUUAGUAGAGCACGUGGAUGGCUUCAAGAUGAUUAA